ACGAAUGUUUGUUUUAAAACGCGCAAGUAAUGUUGGCACCAAGUUUAAUGGAAUCUGAUCGUGUGUAGUUACAAUUUACACAGCGUUACGUUUGGAAUUGUCCGACCCGUAACAUGGAAAACACGGAUCCGAAUCAAACCUUGGCUGCGAUGUUACAAUGCACGAGGGAACGUGAAUGCAUCGUUGUACCGUUUUUAGAAGGCAACCAUCAACACGAGCAGAAGCUACUACUUUAUUAUUUGAAAAUGGUCCAUUAAGGUUGGUGGAGGCCAGCAAUGAGUCAAAACAGUCCCUGCCUGUGGACCGAGGUUCCCCAGACCAGCGCUGCCCCAUGUGACCGCUGCAAGCAUGCCUGCUGUGCCUACGAUGGCUAUGUCUAUAUCCUGGGAGGAAGAGACAACAGCACUCUACGGGAUUUCUGGAGGUACAGUGUUGUGCGCAAUGAAUGGACAGAGUUGAGCUGCAGAGGAGAGACGGCACCAGAAGAAGUCGAGGAACAUUCCAUGGUCAUUCAUAAGGGCUUCAUAUACGUGUUUGGAGGCAUACUGGAUUCUUCAUUUACUGCGCUGACAUGUCCUCUGUGGGUGUUUGAUAUUGCAAAGCAGAAAUGGCUGCACUGUCAGAGAAAGACAAGCUCUCUUCAGACGCAGAUGCCGACGCCGACUAACAGGAAGGGCCAUAGUGCGGUGGUGGUGGGCUCAUCCAUGCUCAUGUACGGCGGCUUCAUAGACAUUAAAGGAUCUUCUCAGGAGUUCUGGAGUUUGGAUUUUGAUACCAUGGUUUGGGCACUGAUCGGUGGUAAUCAGCAUGGGUCCCUGAGCCCAGGACCAAGACACAGUCACUCUGCAAUGGUCUACCAAACUUGCAUGUACCUGUUCGGUGGCUUGAAAGGCUUGCGAGAGCAGAGGGAUUUCUGGAAGUGGAAUUCUGACAGCUGUUCAUGGAGUUCACUCAAAAUCAAAUUGGGACCCUCCAAACUCUUUGGUCACUCAGCUGUGGCCUACAAGGACGGCAUGCUUCUUUUUGGGGGAGGAGAGAGCCAGAACUAUCCAAAUAACUUCCUGUGGAGGUACACCUUCUCCACUCGCACGUGGAGUCAGGUGAACACAGUGCCGGGGUCAUCGCGCUCUCCGGACAAGAUGCACCACUGUUGUGUCGCCAUAGGUGCUGCCUAUGCCGGCGUCUGCUCGGAAACCAACACGAGACUUGAGCACGGGAAGUUCAAGCCGUUCAAAAACAAAUGUUUUCCUGCUGCCCUCACUUUUCUGGGCUCGGAGGGUGCUAUAGAGCUUCAGACGUUCAACCUGGACAAGGGUCCCAAGGCAGAAUGUGGCGGUGACCCUGCAGAAACGGACAAAAUUGUUGGCAGCUGUCUGACGUAUGAAAACAGAGCUUUCAGCAGACAUUGGAGCUGCACAGAAAAUGAGGUGCUAGAUGAAGAUGCUGAAGACAUAGCACAACAUUUGCCCAACCUCUUACUGGUGCUGGGGGGCCGACCGUGCGCCAAAUAUAAACCCAUUUCUGUGUGGCAGAUGACUCUGGGCGACACUUGACAGCACUCUUGAAAACAGGAUUCCCUUAUUCUGAGAAGAACAGUGUUCAUAGUGCCAUGACACCUUUUCAAUGCCAACACACGCAUAAAUGGUAAACGGGUUUUACUUGUAUAGCGCUUUUCUACCUUCAAGGUAUUCAAAGCGCUUUGACACUAUUUCCACAUUCACCCAUUCACACACUGAUGGCAGGAGCUGCCAUGCAAGGCGCUAACCACGACCCAUCAGGAGCAAGGGUGAAGUGUCUUGCUCAAGGACACAACGGACGUGACUAGGUUGGUAGAAGCUGGGGAUUGAGCCAUGAAACCUCAAGUGGCUGGCACGGCCAUGUAUACAUGAUAUAUAAACACUUAAUAUACCACGUUAUUAACAUUUGUUACACCUCAUGUUAGGAUUGCACGUGAAUAAUUGGUCACUUUUAAAACAACAAUGCGAAACUUUCCUUUUGGGAGGUAAGUAAGGGACUUUUAUGCUAAUAGAGUUCAACUAACAACCACUUAAGGCAGUGGUCCCCAAACUACGGCCUGCAGGCCAGAUCCGGCCCGCCAGCGUUCGAGAUCUGGCCUGCGGGAAGUCCCAAAAAUGUUUGUAUUUUUUUUUUAUUUCUAUUUUUUUAAAUCUGUCCUUUCUAAUCCAUUUUCUAACGCUUGUUACUCUCAGAGUCCCCUAGCCACUCAGGCAAAUCAUAUUGUCUAAAAAUGCAUUUUCCAAUUGGCCUGACGGAACAGAGACAAACUGUAUUGAAAUUGCUUCUCUAUAGUUACAUUUCAGGAUACGCUGAAGGGUUUGUGUCUAGCACUUGGCCCGGAAGACAGAGACUAUCUCCUUGUGUAUCUGGAAGAGGUGUCCAAAGAGCCGAAUAAACAGGGGCAUAACGUAGGCUGGAUGGAAUAACGCCGGAAUUUCAGAGGUCAAAAACUGGAGGGUCAGUGGUUUGAUUCACAAGGGACUUUUGGGUGCAUUUUAAACAUAUUUGGGCAACCCAUUUUUCCUUGACUAUUUGGGUUUAUUUGGGACCUACCCAGUCCUCUCCAAGGACCUAAAUGGGUAGAAUUCGGACCUUGUAAAUGGAAAUUACUGGAAAAAUUGGGUUAUGAUUUGGAAAAAACACCUUUGAACUCUACAGGUGGUAAGUGUGGGUUUCCUUCCUGAGACUGCUACUCCCUGCGACCUCGAUGAGCAGUGGAAAAAGGUUGAAUGGAUGGAAUAACUCAGGAGUUGGAGCAGGUCAACCAAUAAUUGGAGGGUUUGUGGCCCGAAUCUCGCUUCCUCUACAUUAAUUCUUUCUGUUGUGUCCUUGAGCAAGACACUUUACCCAUUUUUCCCCUCGAGUCGCCCAUACAGGGCUGUCUAAGAGGCUAACCUAAGACCUUGAUUUGGUUGCCGGACACUCCACGAUGGUGUCCCACUGCUCAUCAAGAAGAUUGUUUCAACUAGAGUUGGGCGAUAUGGCCUUUUUUUUUAAUAUCUCGAUAUUUUUAGGCCAUAUUGCGAUAUACGAUAUAUAUUACGAUAUUUUGCCUUGGCCUUGAAUGAACACUUGAUACAUAUAAUCACAGCAGUAUGAUGAUCCUAUGUGUCUACAUUAAAGCAUUCUUCAUUCAUA